CUUCCCUCCGGUAGAAAAUAUUUCACGUCCGCCAUAACUGAAAUCCAACGGCAUCCUCCAACCUCUGUUAUCUCCCCUGCCAUUGCCAUGCAUUCAACCCCAUCAUCGUAUUCAUCGUCGCCAUUGUCAUCUCUCUGUUUGUCCCGUCACCCAUUUUCUGCACCCUGUUGAGGACAUACUGCGGCCAGGGUAAAGGUUCCCGAGCGAUCCUCGCAGGAAUGGUGGUGGACUCGACUGAUGAGCAGCUGAUCGAUAAGGAGAUCAACUCCAAAUUUGGACAUUCAGGAAGCACUUCAAUGGGGAGAACACACAAAUUAAAGAAUAGAAAAAUACAAUCGGUUCCUUCCCGAUACCUUGCAACCAAAGUUGGCUCAUGCCACGAUUUCUGCAAACAUGGAAAGAAGCAUCCUCCGGACGAAAAUGUUGGGUGUCUGACCUCUAAAAGAAUUUCAUGUGUCCCUCAUGGCUGCACUGAUCUUGAAAAGGCUAUUGACAUGGAAGCGAGAGAUAAGAAAUCGACCCUUGAUGUCUCGGAGAACCCGAUCAAUGGACGCAAGUCAUGUCUGCCGCGGGAAAAGAUUGUCUCGUUUCAUGAUCACUCUGCGGAAAUGGAGGUUUCUUUAGACUCUGCCAGAGAUCACAAGGCAAAUCCUGUCGAUGAUGGAAUGACCAACUUCUUUCAGCAUCUUAAAGAAACAGAACUUUCCUCGGACCUUGCUAGUGAUCACGACGAGGCAAAGGCUGCACUUGUGAACUCAUUAUCUAUUCCAGCGCCAGGAUCUCCAAGUGAUGGGAGAGAUUCUGAAACCAAUGCACCAGUUCCAAUCAUGAGGAUCGGAAGUUCACGCAGCAAAAUAGGCCUGAGGACACCAAGAAUGAAAUCAACAAGAAUCUCCAUAGCUGAUAAGCACAAAGUGCAGCUUCCCCCUAGUGCUUUGGUUCCUCCAAAAGCCCCGAGAACGAAAGCAACAAGAAUCUCCAUGGCUGAUAAGGCCAAGAAUCCACCGUCCAAGGCUCGUGCGGUUGCUCUGACUCAUUCUGUUAAUGGAGUUUCAAGCAAAGCCAAGAUGAGCUUCAAACAUGUUAAAUCAGCGCCGAAUGAGGACAAACAUGAUCUCGUUAAAGGAAAGCCAGGCCGCCGGAGCCCCGAAAGCACACCUGAAAAUGCAGAAGACAAUAUCGUGCUGCCCGUUAAAGAAACCGUUUCCAGUUCGAGUACCUCUUCUUCGUCUGAGGUCAAAGGAGGGGGCAGUCCGAGAGGAAGCAUCAGCUCUCCGCUGCCACCAUUGCCAAGGCAGAAGAAGUCGAGAAGCUGUCAAAGUUUAAUGUCCAUGACCAAGAGUCCUCCUCCCUCUUCUGGGAAUGGAAACAGGAAAACCAGAACUAGUAGUAAAUCACCUUCAAACUCAUCUUCUGCAGCAUCUUCAUCGAGGCCUUCAACAACUUCCUCGACUGGGGGCACAAAGGAGAUAGCCUCUCAACGCGGGAUCACUACAAAAGAUAAUCGAGGGGAUAGUUCAAGAAUGGUAUCUAAGAGCAGGCCGAGACGGGGUGAAGUACUUCAUUCUGAGGAUAGAAACUGUUCAUCUCGGAAGCUACAAUUCAGAAGGGGAAGGAUGGUUGACCCAAAACUUGAGACAAUAACAGCUCCGAGGAGGCUCAAGUUUCGGCGUGCAAGAAUAAUUGGUGAGACCCAACAUGGUACUAGUGACACUGCAAGAAAAGGUUCCAACAGAACGGAAGCUGAUGCUUUCGAGGUGAAGAACAGUAAGUCUGAGAAAGUCCUGCUGAGGCACCAGAAAUCUGAAAAGGCGAAGAAUGUGCAGAGUUUAUUCAAUAAUGUCAUCAAAGAGACCGCUAGUAAACUCGUUCAGUCGAGGAAGAGUAAGGUCAAGGCUUUGGUUGGAGCUUUCGAAACGGUCAUAUCGCUGCAGGACUCUAAACCAAGAGCAACAAUCACGACCUGCUGAAGGUCUGUUUUCGAUUUCUUCCAAAUAUGUACAUAAUGAUCUGAAAGUAGCUAUCAGACACCUCAGUUCUUGCAUGUCUAAUCUUUCGUAAAUUUUGACGUUGCUUGGACAAUUUUCUACUAUCAGUUAUGUUUCUUCCGGGUCUCUUGAAUGAUUUGUUUCCUGUGCACUGGAAGAUUUCCGGUUCCGUUUUGUUUUGAAUAAGAUAAGCGCACGUACUUCGUUCUGUUUCCAUGAGU